AAACUCAAGACCUUGUCCAACGAUAGUAAUAGAAAGCAUUCCAUAAAUAUACAUAUUUCUCCACAUAAAAAGUCAUAGGUAUAAGAUUUAUUUAUUCAUAAAAUCGGCUAAUCUAAGCUUUAAAUUCCAAAGGAAGGACGGCUGUUCAAUUUCCACACACAUCAUCUUUCUCUUCCUGCAGGCCUCAGCUUUCUCAUUCUCUUUACAACUUUUGAGCUUAAUGCUCUCACUUGCCUUCCUAAUAUAAUUUCAUUCAUCUUUAUUCUCUUUAAUUUCUUCAAUUGCUUUUCUUCAAAUAAAGUGAUUUAUAUUAUUAAUUAUUAUAUUUACCGUUAGUAGUUACCUUGUUAAAAUACUAUAUCUUAAAAUGGGGUACAAAUCAUUGGACAAAACAAAGCAUAGAAAAGGUUUAUGGUCACCUGAAGAAGAUCAAAACUUAAGAAAUUACAUUCUUCAACAUGGCCAUGGCUGUUGGAGCAGUGUUCCUAUUAAUGCAGGAUUGCAAAGGAGUGGAAAAAGCUGCAGAUUAAGAUGGAUUAAUUAUUUAAGACCAGGACUUAAGCGAGGCACAUUAAGCCCUCAAGAAGAGGACACAAUUCUAAACCUUCAUUGUGCUUUAGGAAAUAAAUGGUCUCAAAUAGCACUACAUUUACCUGGGAGGACUGAUAAUGAGAUCAAGAACUUUUGGCACUCAUAUCUGAAGAAGAAGGUUGCUAAGACAGAAAAAAUUAAACCCAUCUCAGAAACCCAGUUCACUGAAGAAAUUGAAUCACCAAUGAAAUCAAAUACGACGAUUUCGAGUCUUGAUUCAUUUGGAAAGGUAGAAGAUUAUCCCAUGGAUGUCACUCAAUUAGCUAGCAACAAUAAAAGUUUCCUACCAAAACUUUUCUUUGCAGAUUGGUUUAGCUUGGAUAGUAUUAAUAAUGAGCAAAUUAACUUCCAAGAUUAUCAUCAAUAUCCUAAUUACAACAGUAGUAUUAAGGAUAUUGAUCAUCUUAUCAAUUAUAAUAUGAAUCUUGAAGAAGAUCUUCCUCAAGGAGUUACAUACAAUGAAGGAUCAUGUAGCAAUGAUGAGUUACGUAAUGAAGCACAACAUGCGAUAUUUGAUUCACAGUUCAAGAUUGAAGAUCAGACUUUAGAGACAACGCAACUUAGCGAUUUAUUAUAUGGGAACGAAACUUCAAAUAGUUGUUUCAUAGAAUGUAAUUCAAUGUAUAUAUAAGGGACUUUAGAUUAUACUACAUUUAAAAUCAAAAGCAACUCUUGGAAAAAUUAUUGCAUAAUUAGUGUUAUUUCUCUGGGUAUGAGGUGGACUAAUACAAUAAGAAAUAAGAAUGAGGCAGUACAUAUUUAUUCGUUUUGAAUCAGACCUUUCCUCUCCUUACAACAAGUCAGGGUCGGCUUUUAUCAUGUUCAACAUGUUUCAUGGCA